AUGCUAGCUAUGGACACUUCCAUUUUUCCAGGAGUGAAGGAGCACCUUCGACUUAUUCUGGUCGGCCUUCAGGGAGUUGGGAAAAGUGCAGCAGGAAACACCAUUCUGGGCCAAGAAGAGUUUCACUCAGACCUCAGCGCCACUUCUCUCACAUCCACAAGUGAACGGAGGGAUGCUGUUGUCUGUGGGAGGAAAGUGACUGUUGUAGACACUCCUGGUUUAUUAAACUGUGAUGCUUCUAAUACAGAUGUAGAGCUGGAGAGAGCCUUGACCCUGUGUGAACCCGGACCACACGCUUUUCUCCUCGUUAUUCAGUUGGGCCGCUUCACUGAGCAAGAAAGACAUGUGAUGGACAUACUCCAGAAUAUGUUGUGCUCAAAUGUCAGUUUAUUCACAAUAGUACUUUUUACAUAUGGAGACAAACUUAAGAAUAAAAAUGCAGACCAGUUUGUAGGGGAGGAUAAAAACCUGCAGAAACUCAUCCAAAAAUGUGGAUCACAGUAUCAUGUGUUUAAUAAUAAUGAGAGAGAAAACACAAGUCAGGUUAGGGAGCUCUUUGAGAAAGUGGACAGUCAGUUGGGAAAGAGAAACCAAAAAUAUUAUGUUAGGACAAACAAGGAGCAGGAAAAGUCCUGGAAUAGAUGGCACUUCUACUGUGCUGCUGCUGCGACUGCUGCUGCUGCUGCAGCUCUGUUUAUGCAUGCAGCAUUUGCCAAGACACAAACACAGAGUCAAAUCCCAGAGUGUUUUCCAAGUGCCCCAUGUGAUGAGAUAAUAAAGGUGGAAGCAGAUGAGACUCAAAGUGAAACAUUUUGGGAAAUGUUGCAGAGCCUUAUCAGCACAGCAUGGCAUGACAACAAGAAAGUGUAUUUCUUAGGUUUAGUACCACUGCUUUAUAUUUUGAAGAAACGGAUGAAAAAAUAAACUAUGUAUUAAAGACUUUUUAAAGAUUCUUUAAAUUUUUCAAAGAUUCUGUUGAGAAAUUACAAAUAUGUAAAACACUUAAAAAAUGCAGAUACACAAAUGUGCCUUUGAAAUGUUGCCUGUUUGGAAGAAAUAAGGUAUAUUCACUAUUUUAAACAUUUAAAAAAAUGUAUGCAAAUGAUUUCUGUGGUAGUUUUAUCUUCUGUAAAACACAUGAAUAUUUGCCUGUUUGAAAAUGUAGUCCCUAUACUAGUUGAUGGUGACA